UUCAUUUUCAAUACUUAGCUUCUCUAUCCCAAUAUGGCUCUUUCCUUCAUCAAAAUCUUUUUCUUCUUGUUAUUAAUCACUCCUAAUCUUGACCUUUCACUAGCGAAAAAAUGCUCAUUUUUUACACCAAAGUAUGAGAUACAUGUUAUCAACAAACUUCAAAUUAACAACCCACAAUUGAGAGUUCGUUGCGCGUCAAAGGACGAUGAAAUUGCAGACAAGUAUGUUGCCAUAGAUGAAGACUUACAUUGGUCGUUUUGCGAGUCAUUUGUCCUUAAGACUUUAUAUUUUUGUCACUUUUGGUGGGGUCCAAAGAAUACAUCUAUUACUGUAUUUGAUGAUGCCACCUUUUGUAUACACCAUGGAAAAUAUGAAAAUCUUUUAAGAUAUUGUAAAUGGGAAGUAAGAGAAGAUGGUUUUUAUUUGGAACAAUAUAAUACUACUGCUGGGAAUAAGACAUAUUUUAUGGAUCAUGAAAGUGAUUGGUCUUAG